GUUGACACUUUACUAAUCUAAGCUGUCAUCUCUUCACUGCUAGACUUUUUUUAAAGUUACUUGCAAUCAUUUAUCUUCGUCAAAUCAAUGAACAGGUCAUUUUCUUUUUGUUAAAGUUACAAGAAUGCAAGGGAUCGUACACUUGGGUUUCAUAGGCAUAGUUACUACGAAUCUGAAGCUUUCACAACCAAAGGAUCACUGGUUAUUGGCUAAGUCUGGAAUAUGGAAUGCGUAUUUUGGGGUUUGGCAGCUGUUUGUGCAGGUUUAAUUUUGUUUUUGGUGAAGAUUGCAACAAGGAUGUGGUGGAAGCCUUUGCAAGUGAAAAAGUUCUAUGAAGCCCAAGGAAUCAGUGGCCCUCCAUACAGGCUAUUCUAUGGGAAUACCACAGAUAUAUCCAGAAUGAUCGAUGAGCAGAAGUCCAAACCCAUGCCACUCUCACAUGACAUACUCCCUCGAGUUUUUCCCCAUUUACAUCAGUGGAGCAGAAUUUAUGGUUACGAUUAUGUUUUCUGGUUUGGGCCGAAUGCUAGGUUGGUCGUUCCCCAUCCAGAGCUUAUUAAGGACAUAUGUUCCACUAAAUUUGACAACUAUUCAAAGCUUCCGACAAAUCCCCUUUCAAGACAACUGGUUGGACAGGGACUUGUGGGGUUGACAGGUGAGAAAUGGGCUCGGCACAGAAAAAUCAUCAAUCCUGCUUUCCAUAUGGAUCUUUUGAAGGUAAGGCACUCAGGUGCAUUGGAAAUUGAAGUGCUGAAGGAGUUCCGUGAGCUCACAGCAGAUAUUAUAGCCCGCACAGCAUUUGGUAGCAGUUUUAUAGAGGGAAAGGAUAUAUUUGGUAUGCAGGCUAAACAGAUGGUUCUUACAUCUGAAUUAUUUCACACUAUUUAUAUUCCAGGUUUCAGGUUUCUGCCUACUGCAAAGAACAGGCAACGUUGGAAUUUGGAGAAAAAUAUAAGAAGAUGCUUAAAACAAGUUAUAGAUGCGAGGAAAAAGACUGCUGGAAUGGGAAAAACAGGUAGCUAUGGUGCCGAUCUGCUUGGUUUUAUGAUGUCUGAGAGCAAGCAGCAGGGGAGAGUCAAUGCAAAAAGUAAUGCAAGCCUGAGCACAGAGGAAAUCAUUGAUGAAUGUAAGACUUUCUACUUUGGUGGUCAUGAAACCACAUCAGUACUGUUGACAUGGACUAUAAUAUUGUUGGGCAUACAUCAAGAUUGGCAAGAGCGAGGUCGCAGAGAGGUGUUGGAAGCAUGUGGGAGAAACAAUUAUCCAGAUGCAGACAGCUUAAGUCGUCUCAAAAUUGUGGGAAUGAUCAUAAAUGAGGUCAUGAGAUUUUAUCCACCUUUAGUGGGUGUAUUGAGACAGGCUUGUGUGCCAACGAAAGUUGGAAGGAUCACAAUUCCUGCAGGUACCCAACUUGAGCUUCCGAUCAUUGCAAUUCACCAUGAUACUGCUCUGUGGGGAAAUGAUGCCAAAGAUUUCAACCCAGGGCGAUUUAGUGAAGGAAUUGCAAAGGCUGCAAAGCAUCCAAUGGCAUUCAUGCCCUUUGGAACAGGUCCAACUAAAUGUGUGGGUCAGAAUUUUGCCUUGUUGGAAGCAAAAUUAGUGCUGGCCAUGAUUCUGCAAAAUUUUUCUUUUGUGACUUCACCAUCUUAUACUCAUGCUCCUUUGCUUGUAUUUACUCUACGACCUCAAUACGGAGCUCAGGUUAUCUUCCACGUGGACUAAUAUCUGAGAAUAAUACUGCCCUUAAAUCCCUCUGUGAUUGAAAUUUGAACUGUCUUUGUAAAUCUAAUGACAUAAUAUUAAUCUAUGAUUUUAUUUGGCAAA